AUGGAGAAAAUUCAGCAUGCGUUACAGCAGAAACCCGUGCAUCGUCGUCCUCUUAUUAUGUUUCUUGAGCAGUUGCCUCAUAAUUGUUCUGCGAGUCGUUUUACUGGACGAGCCAACAUGUUUAAAAGAUGUGGGGACUUUAUUGCGCAUUUAGUGGUGCCUUUUUAUCGACGCGUGCUUAUGGCGAUGGCCUGGCAUUUAAAUAUUCCCGUGAUUCCAACACAACAUUUAUUCAAUGGGAAUUAUACAUUUUGUACGCUAUCGGAUGGUGUUCACUUGGAUCCUCCAUGCAUGAUGCUGGUACGGCAACACAUUUGGAGCGCCUAUGUGCUGCUUCGUAGAGAAAAGGUGAUUCAGAGAUUUCCCCCAGGUAUGGAAAAGUUAUCCAACGCUAUGCGUUUUGCGAAGGAGAAGUUUUAUUUGGAAUGGAUUCGUUGGGCGGAUGCUCAUGACAAAGUGAACAAUAAUCGAAUUUAUCUGUCCAGUGUGUUUUCUGUGAUUGUCGUUGUUGCUUUAUUUCUGCUUUUUCUACUGGCACACUUUUUUGGAAGAUGCAUCUUAUCAUUUCUGGAAAAGAGGUGUCUCUUUUGA